AGCAAUGUCUUAUGAUGGAGCGCGCGACAAAUUUCCUGAAGUGAUGUAGACCAGGCCAGAGUAGCAGAGGGCAGAAUAGAAACCCUCCCCAAUUCCACUUUAAAUUUGUUUAAAUACUUAUACUUGGAGGGAAAACUGUCAACCAAUCCAAAGUAAAGGACCAAAUAAAAAUAAUGUAUGCUUUUGUGAGGUUCUUGGAAGACGAUAUGUGCUACGCUUUACCUGCUUCAAAUGUGAAAGAUUUUAGACCUCUGCACAAAACAGAUUUUGAUAAUCAGGUGUAUCUGGUUCUCAGAACAGAAGAGAAUGGUGCAGGCCAGCCGGGCAAAGCACAGAUUCUUGCCCUUGCAGAUAACGUGGAUGAGUUUGAACACAAUAUAAUGCAAAAGAAGAUGAAAAUUCCUAAGAUGUCGACAAGGAAUAUGGGAUAUUCAGUUGAGAACCACUUUGGGGAGGAACGACUGCCAUUGAGACAUAAAAAGGCCCAGACACAGGACCAUGGGCGUCCCACAGCCAACUCCUCGAAGAGCCUGGCAGCGGUGGUGGCCCGCCUGGAGAGGAACGCUGUGAGUUCCUGCAUAGAGGGAGAGGAUGACCUGGAGGAGGACAGGCUGGCUGAGUUGGAAGUGGGGGACUCUGGGCCUGAGAAGGAGGUAGUACCGCGGGUUCUGUAUGAGGAGCUGGUCCACAGCUACAGGCAGCAGGAAGAGGAGGUGAGGAGGCUACAGCAGGAGCUGGAGAGAACCCGCAGGCAGCUGGUCCAGCAGGCCAAGAAGCUGAAGGAGUAUGGCAGCCUGCUGACAGAGGUGAAGGAGCUGCGUGACUUCAACAGGAGGCUGCAGGACGUACUCCUCAUGAGGCUCGGCAGCGGUGAGAGAGACACACUAACCAGUCACCUAUCACUGCAGCCUGCCAUGCACAUCUGUUCAGAGCCUAUGCAUGACAAUGGCACUCAGACAAUCAAAGCGGAGGUGGUGGAAGCCGUCAUUGAGCCACAGGAAGUGUGCAGAGAAGAGGCCAAUACCAGCUCCAGCCACUCUCCCUCCCCAAGAACAGUCUACACUUGUAAUGAUGGCAAGGUGCACCUGGGCGGGGGCAUCUGGGUGCAGGAAGAGAAGUGGCACCAGCUACAGCGGACACAGGGAGACUCCAAGUUCACCAAGAACCUGGCCGUCAUGAUCUGGGGCACUGAGACCCUCAAGAACAGGAGUGUCACUGGCGUGGCCACCAAAAAGAAGAAAGAUGCCCUUCCCAAGCCCCCACUCUCCCCAAGCAAGCUGAAAAUAGUCAGAGAGUGUCUGUAUGACAGAGUGUCUCAAGAAACAGCAGACAGCGCAGAGAUCACACAAAGAUUGUCCAAAGUGAACAAAUACAUUUGUGAAAAAAUUAUGGAUAUCAACAAAUCCAUCAAGAACGAGGAGAGGCGGGAAUCGAAGCUGCUCAUUAGACAAACUGUCAAGAAGGAGAAUUUUACCUAUGAUGGCAUGUAGUGUCGUAAAGUUGUCACCAUACUGUACCUCUCAUUUUCUGGUGGGUAGGAUCAUGUGUGCCAGCACUAGAGAUUUUCAGUGAGGGCCCAAGGCCCUAAACAAUCCAUCAGCUGUAAGACAGCUUUACCUGCCUGUCAAUGCCGUGAGUGGUUGAGCGCUUUGGUAUGAGUCAUAUGAACUGGUGUGAGUAUUUUUAUAAGCUUUAAGUAGGACUUUCUUGGACUGCACUGUGGGUUAAGGGCUUGUAAGUAAGCAUUUCACAGUAAGGUAUACAUGUUGUAUUCAGCGCAUGUGACAAAGUUUGAUUUGGCUGGGUGGACCUGGAUUUUAGAGAUGUUUUUGUGUGGAGAGAUUCUUAAAGCAAUCUGAUUGUUAGAGAAUGCAGUCGCACUCAAACCAAAUGUUCUGUGUCAGAACAUGACAUUGAGUCCUAAUAUUCUCAGUGAUUUCCCUUGAAAAAUAAGUAUUCUGGUUGUAAGAAGAUAUUUUGGAAUAAUCAUGUUUGUGUGUGUGGUAGAAAGGUUAGCCAUGAUGAAGACCUUAGUGUUGAGGUCUCUGUGUGUGCUAUUGAUACUUAAUGUGUUGUGGGGAGGAUGUAAAGAUGCACUUUUACAACAAGGUCAUAAUUGAUCGAUGCCACAUUGCACAGAUAUUCUGUUGCCCUAGAGAUUAUUGCUGUGUAUCUUCCAUGGAAAUAUGGAUUUCCAUAGUAUAGGGCACCAAUGAACAUUAAGAGUUUGGUUCAAAGGUUUAUCAUUGUUUCAGUGCGGUGCUUGUCCACAUCAGACUGGCAAUGGUCUUGAGAAGAUAGUAUGUUAUUAUUUUCUGGAUACUUGGUUUACAGUAUUUAUCUAUCCUAUUUAAGAGAUCCAACUUCAGAUUUGAUUUUACAUACAGUUGAAGUCGGAAGUUUACAUACACCUUAGCCAAAUACAUUUAAACUCAGAUUUUCACAAUUCCUGACAUUUAAUCCUAGUAAAAAAUUCCCUGUCUUAGGUCCGUUAGGAUCACCACUUUAUUUUAAGGAUGUGAAAUGUCAGAAUAAUAGUAGAGUGAUUUAUUUCAGCUUUUAUUUAUUUCAUCACAUUCCCAGUGGGUCAGAAGUUUACAUACUCAAUUAGUAUU